AUGCGGGCUGCGAGCGGCCGCAGCGGCCCCAUUCAUGCGGCGGCUACGAGCGCCAAGCCGGGCGCGGCGGGGCGCCUGGGCGGCCCGGGUCUGGCUGGGGGGCGGCGCUUUGAUGGCGGGCGCGGGGCGCUGCCCGGGGCGGCCGGGGCUGAGCUUCGCGGUGGCAUCGUGAUGUUCGCGUCGCCUGCACGAUUCGAGUGUCUCGACGGCGACAGCGCGGGGCCGCGGCGGCGCGCCAUGCCGCUGCCGCUCCUCCUCUUGCUGCUCUUGUCGCCGCCGCCGCUGCUGCUGCUGCUGCUGCUGCCGCCGUCGGGGGUCACGCAGGCGGCGACAGCGUCGUCGCCGCCGCCGGACUCGCCGGGACCCUUCCGCACCUUCGCGGCCACCGACUGGGGGCUCACGCAUCUGGUGGUGCACGCGCAGACGGGCGACGUGUACGUGGGCGCGGUGAACCGCAUCUACAAGCUGUCGGGCAACCUGACGCUGCUGCGCACGCACGUCACGGGCCCCGUGGAGGACAAUGAGAAGUGCUACCCGCCCCCGAGCGUGCAGUCGUGUCCCCACGGGCUGGGCAGCACGGACAACGUGAACAAGCUGCUCCUGCUGGAUUACGCGGCCAACCGGCUGCUGGCGUGCGGCAGCGCGUCGCAGGGCAUCUGCCAGUUCUUGCGACUCGACGACCUGUUCAAGCUCGGGGAGCCUCACCACCGCAAGGAGCACUACCUGUCGAGCGUCCGCGAGGCCGGCAGCAUGGCCGGGGUGCUGAUCGCGGGGCCGCCGGGCCAGGGCCAGGCCAAGCUCUUCGUGGGGACUCCCAUCGACGGCAAGUCCGAGUAUUUCCCGACGCUGUCCAGCCGGCGGCUCACGGCCAGCGAGGAGGACGCCGAGAUGUUCGGCUUCGUGUACCAGGACGAGUUCGUGUCGUCGCAGCUCAAGAUCCCGUCGGACACGCUGUCCAAGUUCCCGGCCUUCGACAUCUACUACGUGUACAGCUUCCGCAGCGAGCAGUUCGUGUACUACCUGACCCUGCAGCUGGACACGCAGCUGACGUCGCCCGACGCCGCCGGGGAGCACUUCUUCACGUCCAAGAUCGUGCGGCUGUGCGUGGACGACCCCAAGUUCUACUCGUACGUCGAGUUCCCCGUGGGCUGCCAGCAGGGCGGCGUGGAGUACCGCCUGGUGCAGGACGCCUACCUGAGCCGGCCGGGCCGCGAGCUAGCAAGCCAGCUCGGCCUGGCCGCAGGCGAGGACGUGCUCUUCGCGGUGUUCGCGCAGGGCCAGAAGAACCGCGUGAAGCCGCCCAAGGAGACGGCGCUGUGUCUCUUCACCCUGCGGGCCAUCAAGGAGAAGAUCAAGGAGCGCAUCCAGUCGUGCUACCGCGGGGAGGGCAAGCUGUCGCUGCCCUGGCUGCUCAACAAGGAGCUGGGAUGCAUCAACUCGCCUCUGCAGAUCGACGACGAUUUCUGCGGGCAGGACUUCAACCAGCCGCUGGGGGGCACGGUGACCAUCGAGGGAACCCCGCUGUUCGUGGACAAGGACGACGGCCUCACCGCGGUGGCCGCCUACGACUAUCGAGGCCGGACCGUGGUGUUCGCGGGCACGCGCAGCGGCCGGAUCCGCAAGAGACCCCGCCUGGCUGUGGGUUUGGGGACAGUUGGUGACAUCGGGGACAUGCGGGUGAUGUCUUGGUCGUCUGGUGGUCCCGUCGCCUGCCCGUGGGCGUCCCUGGCAGCCCCCAGGGACACCCCCAGCCCGGCCAUGCCUCGGUUUCCCGGGCGGGUGCGGGCUUCACCGCGCGGGUGUCGCCUUGUCGCCGUGGCUGGGGUCGGGACCUCGCGUGAGCGGCCCCUGUCCCCGCAGCUCCUGUGGACCCGGCUGCCCCGGCGCCGGCGGUGCCUCGAGAGGUGGGUGGCCCAGGAGGGCUAG